UCUGGAAGGAGAUAAGAACUGUCCCGUCAGGCCACCGUCUCGGCCAUGUUAUUUGAAGACUGGUGCUUCCAGCUUCAAGUCAGUAGUCAUACACUUUGGUCGAUGAUUCUUGCGAACUGAAGACCCUUCACACCUUAUUCUGCCGUCAGCAUGUCUCCAGCACUGAUCAACGACGGCAAUGUUGUCGUCAGUCCAACCACCACAAACGGACACGAUUCCAAGAACGGACCAACGGUCCAGAAGCGUAGUCUCAUCGACCAUGAUGAGCACAGCUCUGAGCCGGAUGCCAAACGCCUCCUGACGGACAAGCAGAACGGAAGUAAGAAUGGACAUUCCGUAAAGGACAAACUCUCCAACGGCCAUGCCGAGACAGAAUCACCAGAGCCCGCAAAACCAAGCGCCGUCCUCCACAGAUCUCUCCACGAAGACCCCAUCACCGUCAUCCGUGCGUCUGGAAACUACCUGUACACGAGCAACGGUCAGAAGAUCCUCGAUGCCACGGGCGGGGCCGCAGUAUCCUGCCUAGGCCACGGCGACGAGCGCAUCAAGCAGGCCAUCAACGCCCAGCUGGACGAAGUCGCAUACUGCCAUUCGCUAUUCUUCGGCACCAACGGCGGCGAGGCCCUCGCACACGAGCUGAUAGAAGGCACGAACGGGGAGAUGGCGAAGGCAUUCAUCGUAUCCUCAGGCUCAGAGGCGAUGGAAGCAGCGAUGAAAAUGGCCCGGCAGUAUUUCCUCGAGCUGUCGCCCCCUCAGCCGAAUCGCACGCGCUUCAUCGCCCGCAAGCAGAGCUACCACGGCACCACGCUGGGUGCGCUUUCUCUAGGUGGUCAUGUUGCGCGGCGGGCGCUGUACGAGCCUUUACUUGGUACGAACAUCUCGCACGUGUCUGAAUGUAACGUGUACCGCGGGAUGCGUGACGGCGAGGACGAAGUCGCGUACGUCAAGCGACUGGCCAAGGAACUGGACGAAGAGUUUCAGAGGGUUGGACCGGGGAAUGUGUGCGCCUUUGUAGCCGAGCCGGUCGUCGGAGCUGCCCUCGGCUGCGUCCCCGCCCCGGCCCUCUACUUCCCCCUGAUAUUCCAAAUCUGCCGCACCCACGGCGCCCUCCUCAUCCUCGACGAAAUCAUGUGCGGCAUGGGCCGCACCGGCACCCUCCACGCCUGGCAACACCCCUCCAUCGCCACCACCCCCGACAUCCAAACCAUCGGCAAAUCCCUCGCCGGCGGCUACCAGCCCAUCGCCGCCCUCCUCCUCUCCCACCGCGUCGUCGACACCCUCCGCUCCGGCUCCGCCUCCUUCAGCCACGGCCAGACAUACCAGGCGCACCCGGUCGCAUGCGCCGCCGCGGCUGCGGUCCAGCGCGUCGUGCGCGCAGAGCACCUCGUUGCGAAUGUUGCGCGCAUGGGCGAUUUGUUGGGCCGUGGGCUGCGCGCGCGGCUCGGUGCGCAUCCGCAUGUCGGGGAUAUUAGGGGGAGGGGUUUGUUCUGGGGCAUUGAGUUUGUGGCUGAUAAGGAGGGGAAGAGGGCGUUUCGGCCGGAGGUGGGUGUGGCGAGACGGGUGCAUGAGUUGGGGAUGAGGGAGGGGUUUGGGAUUAGUUUGUAUCCUGGGACGGGGUGUGUGGAUGGGGUGAGGGGGGAUCAUGUGCUUGUUUGUCCGGCGUUUAAUGUUGAUGAGGGGGUUGUGGGGGAGAUUGUGGAGGGGGUUGGGAGGGUUGUGGAGGGGUUUUUUGGGGGGUUGGAGGGGGAGUUUGGGGGUGGUGGUGGUGGUGGUGAGUGAGUGAUGGGUGCGUGGAUGCAGAUAUGAGAUGUAUAUCUCUUGCUACGAUGUGACUUCUUCAUAGACUGUACCAGCCACUGCAUACGCACAUCACAGCCACAUCAUCCCAUACAUUACUGGAUUUGGCAUAAACUAUGGAGUACUGACAAGACAAGACAAGACACGUGCCCGCACUGUACGUUGCCAUCCAGAUCUCACAUCACAUUACAUCAUUACAUCACAUCACGUGCCGAAGACGGACAGAGAGCCCGAGGAGGAAAUGACGUCGAGUAAUCAGGUACUACUAGGUACCUUCCUUAUCCACCUGCCUGACCUCAGCAGGUACGGUUGCGGUAGGCACGGUAGCCGUCCCGUGAUAGCGAUAUGGGCAACGCUGAUUAGACUGUCUAUCUUCGACUACGUUCGCACGCACUCGUUCACACGCACAGAAUGCAUGCUGUGCAGAACUAGAUCUGCGUACUGCAACUGAUGUACAUGCAAGUGAGUGAGUGAGAGA